AUGUCGUUCCCUGUCCUUCACGCUCGCGCAGAAGCCAAACCCCUCGAGCACCGUUCCUGCCUCACGCCCACGACGGCCAAGAAACUGCUCGACGCCGGCUACCCCGUCCUCGUCGAGCGCAGCUCCAAGGACCCCAACUAUGCGCGCAUCUUCCGCGACGAAGAGUUUGAGCAGGUCGGCGCCACCCUCAUUGAAGAAGGCGCAUACAAGACGGCGCCGACCGACCACAUCAUCCUCGGCCUAAAGGAGCUGCCAGAGGACACAUUCCCGCUCCAGCACACUUUUGUCCAUUUCGCCCACUGCUACAAGCAACAAGCCGGCUGGGAGACCGUCCUGGCCCGUUUCCCCCGUGGAGGAGGCACGCUGUAUGAUCUCGAGUUCCUCCAGGACGAGUCGGGCAGGCGCGUUGCUGCCUUUGGCUACCAUGCAGGCUUUGUUGGUGCUGCCCUUGCCAUCAAGGCAAGUCCCUCCUUCUCUCCUUCUCUCCGUCUCUCCUUCUCUCCGUCUCUCCUUCUCUCCGUCUCUCCUUCUCUCCGUCUCUCCUUCUCUCCGUCUCUCCUUCUCUCCACAUGGGCAUGGCAGCUCACACACCCCAAUGGCGAGCCCCUCCCCGGUCUCGAGACCUUCACCGACGGCCGUGGCUACAACAACAACGAGAGCGAGCUCAUCACCCAGCUCAAGGAAAAUGUCGCUACCGGUGAGAAGGUUGCUGGACGCAAGCCCAGGAGCUUGGUCUUGGGCGCCCUGGGACGCUGUGGCUCUGGCGCCGUGGACCUCCUCGAAAAAGUGGGCUGCACCGAUGUCCUCAAAUGGGACCUGGCAGAGACCAAGGAACGUGACGGACCCUAUCCAGAGAUCGUCGAGUCCGACAUCUUCGUCAACUGCAUCUACCUUUCCAAGCCCAUUCCCCCUUUCGUCAACAAGGAAAGUCUGCAAUCACCCAACCGUAAGCUGAGCGUUGUCUGCGAUGUUAGCUGCGACACGACCAACCCCCACAACCCGAUCCCCAUCUACGACAUCAACACCACUUUCGAAAAACCCACAGUACCCGUCUCGAUCCCCGGCGAGGGACCCAGGUUAUCGGUCAUAUCCAUUGACCAUCUCCCAUCAGCACUACCCCGUGAGUCGUCCGAGGCCUUUAGCAAUGCGCUCCUGCCCAGUCUAUUGGCACUCAAGGACCGCGCGACGACUCCGGUAUGGCAAGGUGCUGAGAAGCUGUUCCAAGAAAAGGUUCAGACGCUUCCAGGUGGUGUACCCAAGAAGGAAGUCUAA